GGUAGAGCUGUGUUUCUCCCCUGCUCCCGUAGAUGGCGGUGGAAUCGUCAUUCUUCGCACUCUGAUGUGGAAGUGCCACGGUGUCCUGUCAUGGAGCUAGCUAGCCAAUGCUAACGUUACCCGACGUCUUCCCUCUCUGAAUGUUUACAGUACAGCAGCUGUGACGACGUCGGGUGGAUUGUCUAUUUUACCGUUUUGUUUAAAUCGAAUUUUAUUUUUCUCUGGGGUGUGUAGGGUCACCUUAUGAAAACUCCAAUCUGGAUCGCGGCGGUAGUAAUAGAAAGAAGAUAGAGGAAUUCUCUAGGUCUUCUCGGGAGAAACUUCUUCAGUCCAAAAACAAGAUGUUUUCCAAAUUCACCUCCAUCCUCCAGCACGCUGUCGAGGCGCUGGCGCCUUCUCUUCCUCUCCAAGAAGACUUUGUCUACCACUGGAAAGCUAUCACACAUUACUACAUAGAGACAUCAGAUGACAAGGCCCCAGUGACGGACACCAACAUCCCGUCUCACCUGGAACAAAUGCUGGACAUUUUGACCCAGGAAGAGAGCGAGCGGGAGUCUGGUGAGACCGGGCCUUGCAUGGAGUACCUUCUGCACCACAAAAUCCUGGAGACCCUCUACACCCUGGGCAAAGCAGAUUGCCCGCCUGGAAUGAAACAGCAGGUGUUGGGCUUCUACACCAAGCUGCUGGGGAGAAUCCGCCAGCCUCUUCUGCCCCACAUAAAUGUCCACAGGCCUGUGCAGAAACUGGUUCGUCUGUGCGGGGAGGUCCUGGCUGCUCCCACUGAGAACGAAGAGAUCCAGUUCCUCUGCAUCGUGUGCGCCAAACUCAAACAGGACCCGUACCUCAUCAACUUCUUCUUGGAGAACCGGGCCAAAGCCGGAGCUGCAGGUGCUAGCGGGUUGGAGGGCGGCGUGGGCGACGUGGCGGAACCGAGUAAAGCCUCGUCUCCAGACACGGGCCAAUCGCAGAGCGCGGGGGACUCGAGGGCGGAGCCUCAGAACGCUCCCCCGUCCAAUCACAAUCCCAGCUACAACCUCGUCAACUCCCUGCUCAACCUCACCAAGAGUCCGGAUGGGCGGAUCGUGGUGAAGGCCUGCGAGGGCCUCAUGCUGCUGGUCAGCCUUCCGGAACCUGCCGCUGCCAAGUGCCUGACGGAGAACACCACCCUGUGCCAGCUCCUGACAGACCGUCUGACCACCUUCUACCAGGCCCUGCCACAGGCUAUGGACCCGCUGGACAUCGAGACCGUGGAGUCCGUCAACUGGGGGCUGGACGCGUAUAACCUGAAGGAGGACGCGGCCGCGUUCGUGGGGAAGAGAGCGCUCAUCUCCUUCCUCUCCUGGCUGGACUACUGCGAUCAGCUGAUCAAAGAGGCGCAGAAGACGGCAGGGGCGGUGCUAGCCCAAGCGGUGCGGGAUAGGUUCUUUGUGACGAUUCUGGAGCCACAGCUAAUGCAGACCUCUGAGUUGGGUAUUCUGACGUCGACGGCGGUCCUGAACCGGAUCAUUCGGCAGGUGACUUCGGAGUCGCUCCUGCAGCAGACCGUCUACUUCAUCUUGGGGGAGGAGCGGCACGCGGAGUCUCUGGCCACCAUCAGCCGCGUCCCCCUCAGACACAGGCUCAUCGAGCAUUGCGACCACCUGUCGGACGAGAUCAGCAUCAUGACGCUGCGCUUGUUUGAGCAGCUUCUCCAGAAGCCGUGCGAACAUGUGGUGCACAGCCUGGUGCUGCGCAGCCUGGAGGAGAGGAGCUACGCUGAGAACAAGGCCCCAGAGGAGCGCGAGGCUGUGGAGAACGGCGCGCUGCCCGAGGCUGUCGAUCUGGAGGAAGACCCUUUGUUCACAGACCUCGCCCCAGACAACAGGCUCUCCAGUCCUGAUUGGCUGAGUGCCUCGCCACCUCAGAGCCCCGAUCAUGCAAAGGCUGAUGGGAAGACAGAAGUGCAUAAAAUCGUGAACAGUUUCCUGUGUCUGGUCCCUGAUGAGGCCAAGUCCUCCUACCAAGUAGAGGGUACGGGGUACGACACCUACCUGAGAGAUGCCCACAGACAGUUUCGGGACUACUGUGCUGUCUGUCAGAGGUGGGACUGGCGGGGCUCACCGAAAGCCUUUGAGAAGUGCGACCUACAGACCCCCUUCUUUGAGGGGCACUUCCUGAAGGUCCUGUUCGACAGAAUGGGUCGGAUCCUGGAUCAGCCCUAUGAUGUAAAUCUGCAGGUGACAUCGGUGCUGUCCAAACUGGCACUUUUCCCCCACCCCCACUUGCAUGAGUACCUCCUGGACCCCUACAUCAACCUGGCCCCCAGCUGCCGGUCCCUCUUCUCCGUCAUCGUCAGGGUGGUUGGGGACCUCAUGUUGAGGAUUCAUCGCAUUCCCGAUUUCACCCCCAAACUUCUGCUGGUGAGAAAGAGACUGCUGGGAUUGGAGCCAGAGGGGCCAGGCAUCGACCAUUUGACCCUGCUGGAAGGCGUCAUCGUCCUGGAGGAGUUCUGCAAGGAGCUGGCGGCCGUCGCUUUCGUCAAAUUCCACGCCGCCGCCUCGCCCUAAGAGCGGGUUCGACACUCGUCAGCUCUCGGACCUCGAACCUAGCGGACAUUUUGCGGGGUGGGGUGGGGGGGGGGUGGAAUGAUAUCCAUUUCAGGGAAGGAGUGUGGGUACAUCUGACAUCAGGAUUCUACAUGAGGAAGAGGGCUUAGGAGAAAAACAUGUCUACUUUAUUCUUUUACUCGUAUGGUCUGGGAUUGGAUUGGAAAAGAAGCCUCCCCCCCUAAAUGCUUUUCGGUGGGAACUGCCCAGCCCUGCUUUCUGCCUUCGUAUGCAAUAUUACUGCCUUCUCACGUCCGACCUGGAAAUUAUCCUGAAGGGGGAGCUCUUACCUUGAAAUGCAAUUUUAUUUGGAAGACCUCCAAGAGAUUUUCGUUUAAUUUUCGUAAGUUUUCAGUGACUAACAAAUGAUUUUAAGAACGUCAAGACCCGUACAAAGUAAAAGUACAAAUGGAAAGGGCAGACUGAUACCUACAGGUUCCAGAGGGCCACACUGACAUGGUUUUGGAGGUCCGCUUCUGCAAUGGAGCCGUGUCGAUGUAACAUAUCGCACACAGGGCCGUGGAGUCGGCACGGUAAAACCUUGGAUUUGAAAAAGAGUAAAGCAGUGUGCUUCAGUUCUUGAGCCCCGAGAGAUGACUCGAGCUGUCAUUGCUUGUGUCCUCCUGCCUGAAGUGGGGUUUUUAAUUAAAUUGGCAGUGCGCUUUGCCCCUCGAACUCCAAGCUCCGCAUCUACAGUACCGUGGAAAACUGUUUUAAAUGUUUUCUGUGUUAACGUUUUUUUAAAAAGGACUUUUAUUUCGCCCAUUCGACUCUCCACUGUACACUUGUAUUGUCUGUGCCUUUUGAAGUUGUUAUAAUGUAAGUACAGUAUUACAUUUUAAGAAAUUGUGUUUCUGGGUAUUGUCCGAAACAUGUUAUUUAUAAGGGGGAAAAAAUAUUAGGUUGUGAGGUUGCUGGAGUGAUUUGUAUGGGGUUUAAUACAGACGACAUCUACAGCUUCCUAACAACUGACCGCUAGCUGUGCUGCUCUGUAUCAGUUAAAACUGAAGCUAAAGGUUUGGGGCUCAGGGGCACCUAAGUGCAGGUUUUGAAUUGUGACUGAAUAGAUUACCUGAUACACAACAACUGUGGUCAAUGUGGGUCAAUGGCUUUCCACCAGGACAGUGGCCCACAAUGGGAUCACCUUGUUCGGAGUCCAUCCUUACUGUACACCAGCGGAAAUCACAGGUCGGCGGUCCGUCGAUUGUCACAAUACAGGCUGGCUGUCGGCGACACACCAGAAAGCUCUUAGGGGCAGUACCCGAGCGGACGUCCAAUCGGAGCAGGGGAUUGGGAUGAGUUUGCCGGUCCUGGCUCUGCUCCUCCGGCAGAUGUUUGCAGUUUAGCGGUCGACGGGGAUCAUUUUACAGCUUCCUGUAGAAAACACCCGCCCUCCUCCCUCCCAUUUUUUUAUAGUGUCUGUGACGAUUGCAGCCUUUUAAGUGUUGACUAAUAAUUGCACAUUAUAGGUCUCAUUGUUUUAAAAUUCUGUCCGGCUUCUCAUCCUCUUGACAGGUUGGCCAUUUUGUGUGUUUUUUUUGUACUGUGCACUCUGUUCAUGAACCAAAAAAAAAAAAAAAGGGACAGGUUUCGGGAGGGGUUAUGCCAGAAACGGGGGAGGGGAAAAAAGAAAAGCAUAUUUGUGGUCAUAUUUUUAUUCAUGCACAUUUUAUACCAAUAGUCACUGUAAAGCUUUGACAAACUUGUAUAUAGGUAAAUGUAAAAUUGUGGGAGUUACGAUGACUUGGAUAGUCAACUGGUAAUGCAUGCAUGUACAUUCAUUUUCUCAAGGUUCUACGUCACGAUGAAUACAUGGUUCUCAUUUUUGACAUUGUGUCAGUACAGUAAUGCUGCUGCAGUGUAGUGGAUUGGGGCACCGUGUAUUUUCUGCUGUCCAUACCGUGCUUUCACUCUGCGGCACUUCUACCUGACAUUCGGAUGCAGUUGCCUUAUUGAGGUGUGGCUCCACACCAGACCUGGGUUCAAACGGUAUUCGUUUUGGAUUCAAAUGAUUUUCUGUGCUCCAUAGAUCUUGUCUGGUGUAGUUGAGCCUCCAGGGAGGAGCAGAUGGGUGAGGUUUACAUUUUUGGGAUCAUUUAUUUUCUUCCAAUACACCAGGCAAGCCUAGUUAAAUGCAGAAAAGUAUUUGAAUCCAAAAUGAAUUCUGUUUGGACCCAGGUCUGCUCCACACUUGCAGCCUCGUUUCCACGGCGAAGGUUUUUGUGGUUUCUGUAUCGUAGCAUAAGCAUUGCAGCUAAGUUCUAAGAGUUGGUUUAUUUCAUUUAUUUUGAGAGUCAGUGCGAAAGGUGAAUCCAGCGCAAUUUCUGUUACGCCUUGAGGUGACUCCUAUUUUUUUCUGUGUACAGUUUGGAUGUUGACCAACCACUGUUAAAUUCUACAACCUUUUACGUUUGUUGAUUUACUCACGGUGCGUACAAUGCUUGUGGAGUUUGGGUCAAAAAGAGGAAGGGCAUUUCUGAUGGCCUGCUGUCUGUUUCUGCUCACAACCUUCCUCUCAGCAUUUCAGUAUUACGUGCUUGAUUAUUAAUAAUGUACUACAUUUCAUUGAGGGGGUAAAAAUACAUAUCAAAUUAACCAAUGUUACGCUCCCAGCACCCUCUGCUGUUGGCUAGCCAAUCCUGAGCCGUGCCAACCACACCUGACCUGAGAAACAUCACUCCUGCACUUUAUACUUUUUUUUUUUAUCUCUCUCUCUCUCUCUCUCUCUCUCUCUCUCUCUCCCCCUCCCUCCCUCCCUCUCUCUCCCCCCUCUGCACAUGCUACCUGUGUACAGUGCUUUUCAGAGCCACAAGGCGAGCUGCUUGCUUUGCAUUAUUGCUAUUGUAAAUUACUUUAACCAUCUCUGAGUCAUUAAAGUUCUUGAAGGCA